AUGCUCCCCAAUGGCACCUGCCCCAGGCUCCCGGGCGGUGCAGGUGGAGGCAGCGGCAGUAGCGGCGGCGCGAGCGGAGGGAGCUGCUGUAGCAGCGGCAGCGCCGGCGGGGUCCUGGGGGAGGCAGCGGCGGGGGGCAUGGAGGCGGGCGGCAGGAACUCCUCCGGCGCCCCGAACGGCACCCUGAGCGACUCGCAGGGCAGCGCCAUCCUCAUCUCCUUCAUCUACUCCGUGGUGUGCCUGGUGGGGCUGUGCGGCAACUCCAUGGUCAUCUACGUGAUCCUGCGCUACGCCAAGAUGAAGACCGCCACCAACAUCUACAUCCUCAACCUGGCCAUCGCCGACGAGCUGCUGAUGCUCAGCGUGCCCUUCCUGGUCACCUCCACCCUGCUGCGCCACUGGCCCUUCGGCUCGCUGCUCUGCCGCCUGGUGCUCAGCGUGGACGCCAUCAACAUGUUCACCAGCAUCUACUGCCUGACGGUGCUCAGCGUGGACCGCUACAUCGCCGUGGUGCACCCCAUCAAGGCGGCCCGCUACCGCCGGCCCAGCGUGGCCAAGAUGGUCAACCUGGGCGUCUGGGUGCUCUCCAUCCUCAUCAUCCUGCCCAUCAUCAUCUUCUCCAGCACGGCGCCCAACAGCGACGGCACGGUGGCCUGCAACAUGCUCAUGCCCGAGCCCACUCACCGGUGGCUGGUGGUCUUCGUGGUCUACACCUUCCUGAUGGGCUUCCUGCUGCCCGUGGUGGCCAUCUGCCUCUGCUACAUCCUCAUCAUCGCCAAGAUGCGCAUGGUGGCGCUCAAGGCCGGCUGGCAGCAGCGCAAGCGCUCCGAGCGGAAGAUCACCCUCAUGGUCAUGAUGGUGGUGAUGGUCUUCGUCAUCUGCUGGAUGCCCUUCUACAUCGUGCAGCUGGUCAACGUCUUCGUGGAGCAGGACGACGCCACCAUCAGCCAGCUCUCCGUCAUCUUGGGCUACGCCAACAGCUGCGCCAACCCCAUCCUCUACGGCUUCCUCUCGGACAACUUCAAGAGGUCCUUCCAGCGGCUCUUGUGCCUCAGCUGGAUGGACAACGCCACGGAGGAGCCCGUCGAUUACUACGCCACCGCCCUGAAGAGCAGGGCGUACAGCGUGGAGGACUUUCCCCCCGACAACUUGGAGUCGGGGAGCAUGUACAGGAACGGCACUUGCACCUCCAGGAUUACCACCCUCUGA